GCAGUGGUCAGUCAGAGUACUUUUAUUUGGGAAUUGUCGUACCGGAUGUAGUUCGUGUUAGUGCUGCUUGACGUGCAGCAGUGGUCCAGUCAGCCAGUCAUCACGACGUUAGUCUGCAUGGAGGCCGACACUUCCGCUUGAUUCCCCUGCUUGGCGGCCUUUGGGAGGGUGCGUGUGGGGGAAGAUUGUGUCAUUUGGCCUGCUUGGCGGCCGUGUGGGGACUCUUGUGCGGCCAUUGCAGCCGCUGGUGUGCUAUGGUGCUGACACAGCAAGCUAAGCUAGCGGGGAGGAUUGUCAACAAGUCACGUGCUUUGUUCAUUUCCAACAAAGGAGUUGUGAUGUCUAACCAGGGAGUGCGCAGGAAUGGCCCAGUCAAGCUGCGGCUGACAGUCCUUUGUGCAAAGAACCUGGCAAAGAAAGACUUCUUCCGGUUACCUGAUCCCUUUGCCAAAGUUGUGGUGGACGGUUCUGGACAGUGCCACUCUACAGAUACUGUGAGAAAUACAUUGGACCCAAAGUGGAAUCAACAUUAUGAUCUAUACAUUGGAAAGGCUGAUUCCAUCACCAUUAGUGUUUGGAACCACAAGAAGAUUCACAAAAAGCAGGGAGCGGGUUUUCUGGGUUGUGUGCGCCUCCUGUCCAAUGCCAUCAACCGCCUCAAAGACACGGGGUAUCAGAGACUGGACCUCAAUAAGCUGGGCCCCAAUGACAACGAUACAGUCAGAGGGCAGAUAGUCGUAAGUCUUCAGUCCAGGGACCGCAUCGGUACCGGAGGACCAGUGGUGGACUGCAGUCGUUUGUUUGACAACGACCUGCCCGACGGAUGGGAAGAGAGACGGACAGCCUCCGGAAGAAUACAAUACCUAAACCACAUCACACGCACCACACAAUGGGAGAGACCCACCAGGCCAGCAUCAGAGUAUUCCAGCCCAUCUGGUCGGCCGCUGAGUUGUGUGGUGGAUGAGAACACACCCGUGGUGACGCCCAUCAAUGGGGCGGAGGCCUGCGGUCCCACGGGCGAACAGCGGCUCCAGGAGAGACGGGUGCGCUCGCAGCGCCAUCGCAACUACAUGAGUCGAACACACCUGCACACGCCUCCAGACCUCCCCGAGGGUUAUGAGCAAAGAACCACCCAGCAGGGCCAGGUGUACUUCCUGCACACUCAGACAGGAGUCAGCACUUGGCAUGAUCCUCGAGUCCCCAGGGACUUGAGCAAUGUGAACUGUGAGGAGCUUGGCCCUUUACCGCCCGGCUGGGAGAUUAGAAACACUGCGACUGGUCGUGUUUACUUUGUGGACCACAACAAUCGAACAACCCAAUUCACCGACCCCAGACUGUCUGCCAACCUGCAUCUGGUUCUCAACACCAGUCCAAAUGGAUCCCGUGAGGUCACAGACGUCCAAAACACUAACAACAGCCAUCCGACUCCAAUGAAGGGCCCAGGAGGUCCCGGGGCCCCCCCACAGCCACAGCCUGUGUCCCCGGCCCACUUGCCAGAGGAGGCAGAGUGCCUGACAGUGCCCAGGUACAAGAGAGACCUGGUCCACAAGCUGAAGAUUCUACGCCAGGAACUGUCCCAGCAACAACCUCAGGCUGGACACUGUCGCAUAGAAGUGUGUCGCGAGGAGAUCUUUGAGGAGUCGUACCGGCAGGUGAUGAAGAUGCGACCCAAGGAUUUGUGGAAGCGACUUAUGAUCAAAUUCCGAGGAGAGGAGGGUCUAGACUACGGUGGUGUGGCAAGGGAAUGGUUGUACUUGUUGUCCCACGAGAUGCUGAACCCUUACUACGGCUUGUUCCAGUACUCCAGAGAUGACAUCUACACUUUACAGAUCAACCCUGACUCUGCCGUCAACCCGGAGCACCUGUCCUAUUUCCACUUUGUGGGGCGCAUCAUGGGCAUAGCCGUGUUCCACGGACACUACAUCGACGGAGGCUUCACCCUGCCUUUUUAUAAGCAACUGUUGGGGAAGUCCAUCACACUGGACGACAUGGAGUCUGUGGACCCUGACCUCCACAACAGCCUUGUUUGGAUCCUGGACAAUGACAUCACCGGCGUCCUGGAUCACACCUUCUGUGUGGAGCACAACGCCUACGGAGAAAUCAUCCAACACGAGCUCAAACCCAACGGGAAGAGUCUUUCUGUGUCGGAGGACACCAAGAAGGAGUAUGUCAGGUUGUACGUGAACUGGCGUUUCCUUCAUGGCAUCGAGGCACAGUUUUUGGCGCUGCAGAAAGGUUUCAACGAGGUCAUCCCACAGCACCUGCUCAAGUCCUUUGACGAGAAGGAGCUGGAGCUGAUGGUGUGUGGCCUGGGCAAGAUAGACGUGUGUGACUGGAAGUCCAACACGCGACUGAAGCACUGCACGGCCGACAGCAGCGUGGUGAAGUGGUUCUGGAAGGCGGUGGAGUCCUUCGACGAGGAGAGGAGAGCACGCCUGCUGCAGUUUGUCACUGGAUCCUCCAGAGUUCCUCUGCAGGGCUUCAAGGCACUGCAAGGUGCUGCUGGGCCGAGGCUCUUCACUAUCCAUCAGAUUGAUGCCAACGCCAACAACUUGCCCAAAGCACACACCUGCUUCAACCGCAUCGACAUUCCUCCCUACGAGAGUUACGACAAACUCUACGACAAGCUGCUGACUGCCAUCGAGGAGACGUGUGGCUUCGCUGUGGAAUGACACGCCUCUUUGUGUGUGUGUGUGUGUGUGUGUGUGUGUGUGUGUGUGUGUGUGUGUGUGUGUGUGCGUGCGUGCGUGCGUGCGUGCGUGCGUGCGUGCGUGCGUGCGUGCGUGCGUGCGUGCGUGCGUGCGUGCGUGCGUGUGUGUGUGUGUUGCGAGACCGUACGAAGGACACCACGACUGAGCAGCCAUGAGGUCUUCCUCUUUUUGUUUGUUGUUCUUCCUGCUUUCACUUUCACUUUCUUGACUCUUUCUUUGUCUUCUUGUAGCAUCUUUUCAUCAACAACACCCCUCUGUCUCUCUCUCUCUCUCUCUCUCUCUCUCUCUCUCUCUCUCUCUCUCUCUUUCUCUCUCUCUCUCUCUCUCUCUCUCUCUC